CUACCGCUGAACCAUCAAGUUCACUAAACAACAUGUCAUUGAUACAUACACCGCCUUUAUCAACAACUGGAAGUCAGCUAAAGAAGCAAUUAAGUUGGCAUCACAGGCAAAGCCUGCUUUCGCCAAAUUUCUUCAGCACAUGGCAAGGGAACACAAAGGGAAACUUACUCUAGACGCUCUAUUGAUAAUGCCUGUUCAGCGUAUUCCACGGUACGAAUUACUUAUCAAAGAGCUUCUGAAGCACACACACGUUGACCAUCCGGACUAUCAAGCUCUUGUACUGGCCCAGAAGGAAAUCCAUGAUUUAGCUGUGAAAAUUAAUCGAAUGGAACGAGAAGCUUUUCAGAAUGAUCAGCUGCAGCAACGGUUGAAAGAUAUAGGUCAACUAAUAGAGGGAGUCAUUGAUCUUGUCCAGCCUGAUAGAACAUUUAUUCGUUAUGACCAGGUCUCCAUUACAGGUGGGCUAGGCAUCAAGAAAGAUCGGUGUAUCUUUCUCUUCUCUGAUCUUUUGAUUAUUACCAGUAUAAAGAAGAGAAGUGGAACGAUACGAAAGCCGUCAACAUCAUCAAAUUCACCGUCAACUUUCGGAACCCUCGAGAUGAACAAAUACAAAAUGUUAAUGAGAUUUCCACUUGACAAUCUAGACAUUGCUAAAAGUACCGAUACUAACGUCAAGAAGGCAAUGAAAGAAAUUGAAAACUUGGAAGAAAAUAUUUCUCUUUUAGGCCAUAUAAAUGAAUUAGUUGGAAAACUCAGCUGUCAGCAUCAGAUCUUGGACGAAGCAGUGGAGGAAGUACUGAGUGCUGUCAGUAAACAGUUAAUAGACAAGCAGACCACAGAUCCACAGCUGCUGAGUAUACAACUCACUGUAACGUCACCGGAAGGUGUAGAUACAAUUAACAUUGUCUACUCAACACCAGAAAAAAGAUCUUCAUGGGAAACUGCAUUCAAUGAAGCAAAACAAAAGCUAGCACUUUAUACAAAUAAAAGGCCUCCACCAGAAUUUCUGUACCCACUUCCAAUACGAAAGACAAGAGCAGGACUUCAAUUUACAUGUGCAGCACCAACAUUAAGUUUAAAUCAGCUUGGCCUGAAAUAUAUUUGGGUAUGUAAUAGUGAUGGAUACGUUGGUCAAGUUUGUAUACUAAGCCUACAUCCAGAACCAACAGUGACUUCUUGCAAUGGUGUGUGCAAUACUAGAAUCAUAUGUAUGGCUGCAAUUCCUGCUGCUAAUUCUGUGACAAAUAGGAGACGUUCUUUUCUACCUGAAAGCAGUCUUACUGUCAACAGUGAUAUCCAGGAUAUUGAUAGUGAUGCUGACCAAAGCAGUAGUGAAAAGUAUUUUCGGUUUGAUAGUGAUUCCAGUACAGAUGAUGAUGAUGAAGAAUCUCAAGAAGAUGACUCUUCUACCAAGCAGAGCAGUGAACACUUUUUACCAAGAGAAGAUUCCAAAGAAGACUUGGACAAUCAGCAACCUACAAUGUGGCUUGGUACAGAAGAUGGCUGCAUCCACAUCUACAACUGUAAUGACAAUAUUCGCAUCAAGAAAAAUAAACUCAUCUUACAACACCCUUUCUCAGUCCAGUGUAUUAUAUACUUAGAUAACAGAGUGUUCGUAGCCUUGACUAAUGGAGGCAUAAUCAUAUAUCAGCAAGAUUUCAAUGGUGGGUGGAACACAACAGAUCCUCACUGUGUGUUUGUGGGAAGUGUAACGGCACCAGUGACAAAAAUGUUAGCUGUUGCGGGGAAAGUCUGGUGUGCUUGUCAAAACUACAUAAAAGUGCUCAACACUACAGAUUUAGAGACUGAGCACUCCUUUCAAGUGAUGAGUGACACAUCCAAAACAGUGCUCUGUAUGGUAACAUCAGGUCUGGGAGUGUGGAUAGCUGUACAGCACAGUGCUGUCUUAAGACUGUUUCAUGCCACAACUUAUGGGAAACUUCUAGAGGUUAAUGUUGCCCCUGCUGUAACCAAAAUGUUAUCUAGUUGUGAUGACAUAAUUCGUCAACACAAAGCAGCAUGCCUAAGAGUAACAGCUUUGUUAGCUUGCAAGGACCAUUUAUGGGUUGGAACCAGUGCGGGUGUUAUACUGACUAUGCCGUUACCUCAUCUGACCUUCUCUACCUUUCAUUUGAACAGUGUGCCAAAUGUUGUUGGAGUUCCUCACGGCCAUACAGGACAUGUACGCUUCCUCACAUGUGUUGAAAUGAUCCCAAGUACAGUCAUUGAUACAGCUAGUUGUUCUAAGUAUGGACAUCGAUCAGGUUAUGGGAAAGAGGGAACAGCAGCUAGAAGAAUGACUUCUAGCCCUACAUCAACAUAUCGUUUCUUAGUGAUUAGUGGAGGAGAUGGCUAUGAGGACUUUAGUCAUUCAGGACAAUCUGAUGUUGCAGGUCGAGAGGAUAGCACAAACCACCUAUUACUCUGGCAAGUGUAAUUGAAAUAUCUCUGCAACUACCCAGUUUGAUGUAGGUAUUAUUUCUGUGUGAAUACAUAAAGUCAUCACUUGGAGAACUUGUGGCAUUUUGUUUUGUAAUAUUUGAGAAAAUCUUAGUUUUCAAGUCUUUAACUAUAUACUUGUGACAAGUUAAGGUUAGGAAACUUGGACCCCACCAUCCAAAUAAAAUCAAUCUUCCAUUUAUAAUUAAUCUGAUGAUAUUUCAUCAUAUGAUAUAGGUGUAUGCUAUAUAUUUUAGCAUUUCGAUUUUAAUAUAUCAGCAGUACUACAGAGUAGAGUGUAUCAUUGUAUUUAACACUAAGACUUGGUUUGGUUGUGAGCUAAUAUCUGUUUUGUUCUGUUUGUUUGUGGAAUACCAUAACUGUUAGAUCGGUUUAAUCUGUGAGAUGAGAGUGUUUUAACUAGUCAGUCAACUAAGCUGAUAUGAAAAGCUGUGAUUCUGAGAUGGAGAAGGGAAAUUUUUCAGACUAAUGACAUUUUCAGAAAUCAAUUUUAAAAUUGGAUUUUAUGUAAAAGCUUUAUUUUCUUUUGUCAGUGAUACUGAUAAAUGACAUAUAACUAAAAUGUCAAUUGUUUAAAUAUAGAUAAAAUGAGAAGGUAUUAAGGUAAUGAAUGAUAUAUCUGGCUAUUCGCUUAGUUGUUAUAUGUAUUCCAAAAACUUGUUGGAUGUUAAAAUGUUAAAUAUAGCUGAUUAUAUUUUGGCAAAUAGAUUGUAGUUUUUAUGAUGUUGAAAAAACACCAGAGUAUUUUGUGAUUGAGCAUCAAAAAUUGUGGUACAACAAGCUAUUUUAUAACACUUUUACCCACUUUCUUGGUAUUGAUGAAGUAGGCAAGGUGGUAUAAAGAAUACAAGGCACCAAACUAAAUUCAAGUACACAUAGAUACAAAUCAUCUCAUUCACUUUCUUUAUUUCAUUUUUCAAGCUAAGAAACAACAGUUCAAUAAUAGUUCACUGUUUUAAUAGAAGUUGCAGAUAUAAUUAAUAUCCAUAUAUUGUGAAUCUUAGUUAAUUGUAUAAUAACUUUUAUUGCAUGCUUCUUUUGAUAAGGUAAUUUUAUGACAGAUGUCCAAGUAAAGAUGUAAAUUAGCUUUUGCCCACUUUAAAUGUGAUAGUUUUAUUUUCUUUUGUUCUGGGUGGAAUAGGCAUGGUCCAGUGGUUGUUAAUCACAUUUCAUGUCCUGUUGCCAUAAAAUUAUGCUCUGCAUUUUGGGGCCACAGAUGUUUUGUAAGAGUGAUGGUCAAAUCCGUAUUUUAAUUGGAGUGGCUCAAGAGCUGGUGAUAGGUGCUGUUGACUAAUUGCCUUCUCUCUAGUCUAUCAGUUCAAAAUAAGGAACAGCUAGCAUAAAUUAUGACAUAUUCCUAAUCUGUGGUCACAUACCUACAAGGGCAUGUAAAACGAUUUCUAGUGGUAUACAAGAACUUUUGAAAAACAUUAAAAAAGAAAAUAAGUCCCAUGCCUCAAAAUUGGAUGGCAGUAUUGGUUUGUUAGUAAUUUAUUCCAUUAGCCAGCUUUAUUGUUGACUAACUCGUGAAUUAUUUCUUUUGACUUACCAUUUUAUUACUAUAAACCAGACUUCAAUUUCUUGUAAUAAAUUAUAUGCAUCAGUUGUAAGCCUCUGGUUUGAAGGUCUGAUUGGAGUACACAACAUUAUAAUAUGCUGGCUUUUUUUCCCUUAAACAGAUGUCAUGCAACUUUUUAUUCUAUUAUAACUUUCUUGACAAGGAAAUAAAAUGUUAAAAACAUUUGUUAUCUAUAGAUCAACAGUUUAGACACCUAACUAUCUCCUGAAUUAGUUUUGAAUAAUAUGAACAUGUGUAAAGAGAGGAAUAUGAAAAACUUUGUUAAAUAAAGCUCUAUGUUCAAGAAAGAUAGUAUAACUAACUAACAUUUAUUGAACAAUACCAACAGUAAGAGGAGUCAUUAUUCAUUCAUACUGAAUAAAACUUGAAGCACCCAUGUCAUCAUAACAGAUUUGUUUAGCUUAAUUUUUCUUUUAUUGCUAUGUGAUUUUGAAAGUAUUUUGAAUUCAAUAAUGUCAGAUCACUUAUUCUAUACUUUAUAAACACAAAAAAAUAUAAAGAAAAGUUGCACCUCUGUUAUGUAAAAGGCAAAACACAACAUUCUGGGAAAUGAAACAUGAGUAAAAAAAAAUGCAUUUCUAAUGUUUUAACUAAGUAGGCAGUUCAAAACUGAAGAUUUCCUUAAACAUUCAUUUGACUUUUAUAUUAGGCUAUCAGUAAUAUGCUUCUCAAUAUACACUAUUAGCAACUUUCCUCUGGUCAUUUUCAGAACAGCUAGUUACAAUUCACAAAUAUCAUUUGACAUAAUCAUUUUUUAAGUUAAAGGGCUUUAAGUGUAAAGUAACAUGAUAAUAAUAAUAAAAGAUAACCAAGUUCCAAGUUUUCAAAAAAGUGAACAAAAAAAUAUUGUAAUUA